AUGAUUGACCUGAAAUAUUACCAAGGGAAGAAAGUUCAAGAGAUGUCUGGCGAACUCGAAGGUGAUUUGGACAAUGCGGAGAAGAUUUCCUUCAGAUAUGCGGCUAAAGAUAUAAUGUGCAUUGAACAACUUGAGCUGGUUUCCGCCUCGGGAAUGAGCAUAAGCAUAAUUCAAGACUAUGAUCCGUACGCAUGGGAUGUGUCUAAAGGAAAUCAAGAUUGGCAGUCCGCCACGGGUGCGAAAAUCUCUUACUGGUCUGACGACUGCUCACCAGAUGAUCGUCCUCUCACCCAAACUGCGCCCUUCACCCAAAGUUGCCACGACAGUAUCUCAUUCUCUUUGCUUGAAGUUGAUGAGUGCGCAGAAGGAACGCACGCUUGUGAUUUGAACGCUUUCUGCACAGAUACCCCGACAUCUUACAUUUGCACCUGCAAUGAUGGCUUUGUCGGGGCUGGAUUGAACCUCCAAACUUCCCACAUGGAUGCUUCUUUCCCUAGCGCUUUGUCUAGAAGUGAGAUCGAGCGAAUCACUUCGUGUGUUCCAAUAUCCACGACAACUACAACAACUGUUUCUACGACAACGACGACCACGACGACAACGACGACAACCUCAACAACAGCAGCAACAACGACGACGAUUGAUUUAACGGGAGUAAAAUGUAGCAUAGAGGGGGUAGAAGACUCUGUCUUGAAAUGGCUUGAGCCUUGGCCUAAGCGAACAAAUUGUCAGUAUCCAACUUGCGAAGCAGAGAUAAGUAUAGUUGAUGCAUGGAAAAGAAAGAAAACGAACAAGAACGGCGUAGUAAGGACAGAUUACGGCUGGGCGGCUCUCGUUUCUAUUCCUCCUCAGCAUUAUGACGAUGACGGAUUUUCCGUUAUGAUAAGAAUGCCUAAGGAUACAGAAAGGGGUAGUUUUCAAGUUUGGAAUGCGAAAUUUUGGAAUUUCUAUAACGGGCCUAACGGGGAGUUCAAUAUACUUUUACAUUCAAAGCACUGGAAUAAUGAUCGUAUGGAUCCUUAUUCGUUUCUUAUCAUCGGCGAACGAGUUUCUCAUCCAGAAAUGCCCUCGGUACUUUUUUGGAAUAAUCGACAGAAGCGACACACAUGUUUUGAUCGGUCCAUGCACCAGAAACUCAACAGCGAAGAAAAUAUAACAGCGUUUAUGGAAAAAUCCGGUCGCACCUUGGACUCAUCGGAAGACGUCGUAAAGAUUGUAAUAAACAAGUCCCAGCUAAGACGAGUGAAAACCUAA